GAAGUAAUUACUUUUAAUUUCAGUUCAACACACAACAACUUAUAAGUCUACCUGACAUUUUCUGAUAUACCUUAUAUUUUCUUUAGCAAAUGUCAGCAACCUACUGGCCUUCUGAGAAAUCCGCCAAAUAUCAUUUCUACAUUGUUGACCCAGUUUCGGUAGAGGAAACACCCAAUUUUACCUUAAGACAGUUUAAAGUCAGUGACAUGAUGGUAAGUUUAUUCUAGUUUUGGAUAAAGGUAUAAAGCAAUAUUGAUUGAGCUCGACCUUCGAUUUUGCCCAAUAUAUAGGCUUUCGCAUAACAUCACAACGAGUAACUGGAUGGCGUGGACUGUGGAGAACAGUGCGACCAAUCACUGAAUGUUGACUAUUGUUAUGCUAAAUAUUAUACAAAGAACUAUCGAAUGUCAACCUAACAUCUUGCAAUAUGGUGUAAAGAGGAAUACAAUAAUUGGCUAAGUUAAAUAACGUUUUUAUAUUCUCUAUAAAUAUAGAGUUCAUGUCCAAGCCUAAUAAAGUUAUUCCAACUACGGAAAUGGCCAGACCGCGGGAAACCACAGAGUUAUAAAGCAAUCCUAGAUCUCAUUGGUCAGGUUCAUAUAGCACGAAAUAAUGAUGAGACCAAAGGACCUGUUGUUGUACACUGCGGGUGAGAUACACAAGUUGUUUUUAUCUGUAAGGGGCAUAAGGAUGGAAGGUCUAUGGUGCAACAGUUGCGCUGACCUGACUUUAAACAAAAUCGUAAAGGCUCAGUGUACAUGUUGAGCGAUGUGAUUUAAGGCUAAAUAACAUGUAAGUUCUUUUGAUUUUCUACAUGCACAAGCCUUUUCAAACUGGACCAUGUGCGCAUGCUAAGCAGUAAAUUUUAGCAAUUAAAUAACAUCGCUCAACAGGUGACACUGAGCCUUUCAUAGUGAGCUUAAGCAAGUGACGUUUUUGACAACACGGACGUCGACCGGAAGUAAAGUUGACGUUUUUCACCAAUCCCAGCCCUUGACCCAGUCUUCUGACGUUACUCAUGCCGUUCGUGUUGUCAAAAACGUCACUUGCUUGAGCUCACUAACUAUACAUGAUUGGUACAACGUUAAAAUCUUUGGUUAUUUUAAUCUUUCUUUUGCAGUUCUGGUUCGGGUCGCACUGGCGUAUUUUGUGCUCUCAGCAUUGUCGUAGAGCGCAUGCGUGCGGCAGGUGUUGUGGAUUUACUGCAGACUGUGAGACAACUUCGUGAACAACGACAUCAGAUGGUGGAAACGUUGGAAGAAUACGCAUUUUGUUACGAAGCAGCUUUACAGUAUUUGUCCUCGUUUGAUCAUAUUACUGCAUAAUGUGGCUAAAUAUGGGAAGAUACCUUUUGAUCACAGCUAUUUUGCUGAAAUACAUAUGGACAGGUGGUUUUUGGUGAAAAUACAAACAUCAAGAUACUGUAUAUAUGUCAUUCGUUAAUUAUUGCAUCUUAAACUUUCUACGAUUUCACAUACAAACAUGCACACAUACGCUAAACUCGAUCAGUGGAUAAUGACAUUCCAAUAAAUGGACAGUACACCAGAAAUACGUAUACGCUUUUAAUGUUGCGUUAAUUAAUUAGUUCUUAGUGUGUCACGUAGUGUGCCUAUGGCUGUAGACUUACGUUUCCUACUGUUGUAGUUCUUCCAAAGAAAUGCAAUAUCGUUGUUGUUGUUGUUAACUAUAGUUACUACCACUAGUUAUGGAAAGCUUAAGCAUGGAGCGCGACAGCGAGUUUUAAGAGUGGUUUAAUUUAAAAUAUCAAUAAUUCAUGAAGAAAAUUCAAAAGAAAUGAACGUUUAAUCAAUGUCUGUAAAUUGGAUAAGGAUUUGUCCUGAUUUACAUAAAAUUCAGCUUUGAUUUUCUCGGCUUAGACAAUGUUUAUUUUUAAAAUUACUUCGCCAAUGAACUCAUAAGAUGGGUUGUUUUUUAAGUUUACAGUUGUACAUGUAAUAAUAUCAGAUAAAGAUCGGCUGCUCAUGUUUUAACUAGUACUUAAAUUGAAUUAAACCACGCUUAAAACAAAACAAUGAAAUUUAGUACAGAAAGUGAAUAACAAGUACCACGACUUGGGCCACCAUGCCAGCAUAUAUAGUAGAGAGUUUGUUUCAAUCCUCUUCUUAAAGACCGGGGGCCGGUUGUUCAAAGCUGUAUUAGUGCUAACCCUGGGUUAAAAUUUAACCUGCUGUUUUAGUUUCUGUAUUUCUACACAUCUGUUUAUUUCAAAACUUCAGAGAAGAGAACUCUCACGGAUCCACGCAAGAAUUAUGAACUAGGGUAAAGCUGAUCGGCUUUUGAACAACUGGCCCCGGUUGCUUAAGCUUCUACAGGAAUAUAGAAAUCAUCCUAUUGUUGUUAAGCACUUCGAUAGAAAUCAUCCUAUUGUUGUUAAGCACAGGAUUUUAUGCGCCUGGUAAUUAAAAAUUCAAUUCAAUUGUGUUUACGCACUCUUGUGUUCAGUAUAGUGCUCAGGCAUUCAAAUUAUAACAAUAGGAUAAUUUCUAUAGAGGGUACUUUUUGGGAGGACACGCUGUAUAGUUAUCAGUAAAUCUGUAUUUUAAGAUGCUUGUGAUGUUACUCUGAGUGUAUUAUACCCAUACUGGACAGGCUUGAAAAAUAUGCCCGGCCCCAGUGGAAAACGAACCCACGACCUUUGAAAGCUUUUUCAAGCUUGCCCGGUGUGGAUACACAUUCAGAGUAACAUCACAAGCAUCUUAUUCACCUGAGAACAUUACACCAACACAGAAAAUAUAAAUCUGUAUUUGUAUCAUUUUGAUAAAAAUACGACUGUUAAACCUUUGGGUUAUAUAAUGCUGACAUAAUUUUCUUUUCUUUUACUGUACAGUUGUACAUAUAGUAAGUUUUAAAUUAUUGCUUGUUCAAACAGUUCAUUAAAUUGCUUUAUUAAAUAAUACGAAAUAACAUAAUAUGGACAUUAUCAUUACUACGGUAAAAUACAUUAUAUCUAAAUUUAUAUUUUUCUUUCUAUAUAUUUCUCAAUGUCUUUUCAGUUUCCAUUUUAAAAUAAAUACAUUGCAUGACAUUACAUGGUUGAGAGGAGUACAAUUAUUUAAUUGUACGAGUGGGGCAAAUGUGAGCAAAAAUACUCUUCACAAUUUCAGGAGAUUUAUGAAAUUUCUGUACUCUUUCAUUUCCAAGUAUUUAUAUGCAGAAUUAAUACUUUCAAGUAAAAGAAAAGUCAGUAAAGUUCGUUUUCAAAGGCAUGGGGGAGAAAAACGUUUAGGCUGCGCUGCGACCCGAGCUAUACAUUACCGUAAAUAAUCUAAUAAACGCCCGGGACGUUUUUUUAAAGAGGAGAGUUUUGGGCGUCUAUUAUAACAGGCAAGCGCAAAUCCUUACGGCAGUUCAAGCAACAAAAGUCAACUUUCAUGGCUGUUGCUUCGAUGCUCGUAACAGUUAACACAUUUAAUAUUUAUAUACAACCCGUGGUGUUUGAAAAUUGUUGCCGCAAAUUGCACUUGCUUGGGCAAUUUUGGCAAAAUGUUCAAACAUCACUCGCACUGUUAAUUAUUCGUCGUACCAGCAACAUCACAUGAUUACCUACACUCCUAUUGUAUUGUUUUAGGCUUUACUUUCAAUACAGGACCGGUAAUGAUUUAAUAAAUGUCCACUCUCUAAUAAACGUCUCGCAGCGCAGGUUAAACGUAAUGCAGUGUUUUUUUGUCGAAGGUGUGCCUUCAAUAGCUAGACGUAACACCAGGGUUCCCAAUCGACGUUUAGCCUAGACAAUCGCCGGUUAUUCCCAGCUUACCGCAGAAAUGUCAAGGGAAAGUUUCUUGCUUUUCUAACAUAAAUUUAACACAACAGUCUUUGUUAAAUAUUUGGAUAGAAUGACAAAAUCAGUAAAAACUUUAAUGGCUGGAAAUACAUUUCAAGGGGGUUUAAAUCUCAGAAUAUUCACAGAGGGACACUUUUGGAUGGCACCACAUAACCGCCUGCGUCUUUCCAAAAGCCUCCAACUCCAAAUUCUAUUGGGAACCCUGAACACCUACUGUACGGUACGUAUCUUAGGGGCGGACCAUUAGAAAAGUGAUGGGGGAGGGGGGGGGGAGCAAAAAUAAAAAUCGCGCAGGGGAAACAAAGAAAAAAAUUCGUGCACCAAAAACGUUUGAAAAAAAAUUCGUGCAAAGACUUCAAUAGGGAAAAUUAUAAGUUGAAAUAAAAAAAAAUUCGUGCAAAGGAUUAUAUUAUAUAGAUUAUAUAAAAAAAAUAUUCGUACAAGUUGAAAAAGUCCCAACCUUCACCCCGUCACUUUUCUAACGGUCUGCCCCUUAGGUUUCAGUUAAUAGCUUAGCAAAUGGGAACGUGGAUUUUACUGUGUUUCGCUGAACUACAUAAUACUAUAUGCCUGAGUGAGCUUCUGCUAGCUAAAUCAACACCACAGUUAUAUAAACUUUCCAUUCAUGCGCUUUUAAAUUCCAACAUCUCUCCGUUCACCCUGGCUGCCACAUGUUGCUCCAGGCUCGCAAGAAUAACACAUAGUAUUAAAGCCUUAUAAAUUGCGGGCGUGGAAAAACCCCUGGCACUCAGGGUGCUCUCCGCUGAGGUUUUGAGAGAAUAUUUCAAUUGUCUCUGUCUUGAAUUUAAUUAUAAUUCAUUGACCAUUCGUAACAGAACAGUAUGUUUUUUUGUUUUUUCAACUCCAUACAUUGGAUAUCAAAAUAUCUGAUUUGUACAUGGCGAACAGUAAGUAUAGAGAUACAUACAUGUACUGUAUUCCAGAAGGUCUGAACAGCAUCAGUCAUCUCAUAUUUCUUCUACAAAAAGUGUUUCUUGCGGAUACAGUCCAAGUGAUUGUAAGCUCUGUCUUGGAUCCAUACUGGAUAACUGGAAAAUAAUUAUC